AUGCCUGUAACCCCAUUCGCUGUGACCGAUACGUACGAAUAUCUGAAUGGGUUCGGGGGAUACAAAGAGACUGAAGCCAUAAAGGGUGCGUUGCCGCUGGCGGCCAAUUCGCCUCAGAAAUGUCCCUACGGGUUGUAUAACGAAAAGUUGUCGGGCACUGCUUUCACCGCACCCCGAGACGACAACCUGCAAUCAUGGCUCUAUCGAAUCCUCCCUUCGGCGAGUCAUCAGAACUUCGAGCCCGUCCCUUCCACCUCGGCCGAAUCGUUGACCACUCCCACCCCAAGUUUCGGCACCCAUUUCAACGCCAUCCCAAAUCAACUGCGAUGGGAUCCGUUUGAUUUCGACAAGGAGGUGUCUUGGAUCCACUCGCUGCACCUGGUGGCAGGAGCGGGCGACCCGGUCAUGAAACAGGGUAUCGGCAUAUACAUCUACGCGGCUGGCGCCACCAUGCCCGAUAAGACGGCCUUCUACAGCGCGGAUGGAGACUUUUUGAUCGUUCCACAACAUGGGGUCCUCGACAUUCGCACUGAAUUUGGUAGGAUGCUGGUACGACCAAAUGAAAUCUGCGUGAUUCCGCGCGGCAUCCGAUACCAUGUCACACUGCAUGAUGGGGAACCUGUGAGGGGAUACAUUCUGGAAUUGUAUCAGGGUCACUUCAAGCUGCCCGAGUUGGGUCCGAUCGGGUCGAAUGGGUUGGCCAACGCACGAGACUUUCAGACUCCUGUGGCCGACUUUGACGAGGAUUAUGACGAUACCGAAUGGACUCUGUACGGCAAGUUCGCGGGCAACCUGUUCGCGGCCAAGCAGUCACACACUCCGUUCGACGUUGUAGCCUGGCAUGGGACCUACCAUCCCUACAAAUAUGACCUUGGCCGGUUCGCCGUGAUCGGCAGCAUUUCUCACGACCAUCCUGACCCGUCCAUCUUUACCGUUCUUACUGCUCCGUCACACUCGCAUGGUGCAGGCACAGCGGUUGCGGAUUUUGUUAUAUUUCCUCCUCGGUGGCUCGUCGCCGAAGACACCUUCCGGCCACCUUGGUAUCAUCGCAAUACCAUGUCCGAGUUUAUGGGGCUUAUCAUGGGCAAUUACGAUGCCAAGGGGGCCGGAAAAGGAGGCUUCCAACCGGCUGGUGCCAGUUUACAUAAUACGAUGAGUGGGCAUGGUCCAGACAUGCAGACUUUCGAAAAGGCGUCGACGAUGGAUUUGCAGCCUCAGAAGGUGGGCGAGGGUAGCAUGGCGUUCAUGUUUGAAAGUUGUCUGAUGGUCGGCGUCACGGACUGGGGACUGAAGAAAUGUCAGAAGGUGCAGAAGGAGUACAAUGCUCAUUCCUGGGAACCUUUGAAGGUGCAUUUCAAGCGACCGGAUUCGAAUGGGGUGGGAAACGGAGAAAAGAAGGAUAUCAAGUGA